AUGAUUUACACAGUCCAGCAAUGGUAUACGCCAGCAGAAGUAGCAGUUCACAACACAGCGACGGAUUGCUGGGUGUCUCUUAAUGGUAAAGUUCGCAACCUCACCCCUUGGCUGGAGCAACAGUUUAAGUUGUGCAGAUGCAUUAAGUCCUGUUCCUGCCCCAUAAAUAACUGGUACUGUAGGGAUGAAUGUGUCGAGUACUGUCCAUGUUUUAAACGGGGAUUCUUAUACUGUGAUGCCAAAAGGCUGGCUAUGACAAUUCUUGCGUACGCGGGGAAAGAUGUGAGUCAUUGGUUCAAAGGCGAUGAGUGGGUGAAAUAUACCCACCCAAUAGUGGGAUCUACUAUCCCCUUUUACCAAUACGGGCACGGGAAUAGAGAACCCGUAGUACCAUCUACAAAAUGGCGCCCGCUUUGUAAAUGUGGUCCCUGGUGGCUGGAUGAGAGCAAUGUUGUUGGAAAGGUGACUGCAAAGACAAGACCUAUUCGGAUUACGAAUACCCUAAUAGGAACAUCGACAACUUUAGAGGUGUGUUCUGAAGAGACUCUCUAUCAAAUAAUGAUGCGCUACCUUCCUCACAAUUCCCACAUGCUGUCAUACACCUGGAGAUACUUGGAUAAGCCAUUGAAAUACAAUCUUACUUUGGAAGAAAAUGGUGUUCCGGACGAGAGGGAAAUCUUUAAUGACUUAGCGUUACCAGAGAAUUUGCACAUACCCGAUCUGCUUUUGUAUUACAAUGACGAUUUGACUGAAGACCCACCCAAAGAAUGCUACUGUGAACACCAAGAUUGUGUAACAGGACACCCAGAAGACUGCCAUAAUGUCCACAUUGAAGAUGCUUAA